UAUAAAUUGAUAAAAGACCUAACAUAUCCAACCCCACCAAAUGAAAAAUCUUUCGAGGAACUUUGCAAUAUACUGAAAUCCCAAUUUGGUGUUUCCAAAAGCGUAUGGAGGGAGAGAAUCAAAUUUUUCAAAUUAUCCCAAGACCAGCUGCAAAUCUCCGAGUGGCAUGCCAAAAUAAGAGGGGCAGCAACCUUAUGUAACUUUGGGGCAAGUUUGGAUUUAUUUUUAUUAAGUAAAUUUGUGACUGGUUUAAAUCCCGGAAAAUACAAAACAGGAUUUGUAAAGAGUCAGAAACGAAACCAUUAAAGGACAUCCUGGCAUUGGCGUUAAAUCAAGAAAAUUUUCAUCAAGAACAAGAUCAUCAGGACCAAGAUGUCAGAUAUGUGUCAAGACCAAGACAGCAAAUGGGAGGCCACCACAGAACACAUCAUGUGACUUUGCGCAGUCAACGGAACCAAUUGGGUGCCAAGGCUCAUGAAAAUACUUUGGCAAAUGGCCGAUUUGAUAAAAGAAAAGGAAUUUGUUUUUUUAAAAAUGCAAAAUGUAAUUUAUGUAAGAAAGUAGGGCAUUUGGCAAGAAUGUGCAAAACAGAUUCUCGAAAUAGAAGAAAAAUUCAUUUUGUGGAGGAAAAUGCAGAAAAUGAAGAUGAAUAUAAUCAGGAAUAUGUAGAUGAUGAAAGUAUUUCUGAAUGUAGCGGUUUUGUAGAUUCCAGUUCAUGUAGUGAAAUUUCAGAAAUAGAGUAUCCGCAACACCUGCCUGGGGCUGGUUUGAGUGGGCAACAGCCUAAAAAAAUCAUGAGGGAGAUUGGUGAGACAGCGGAGUCACUCUCAACUUUUUAUGAUGAGGAGGAGAAGGAGGAGAAGUCAGUAGAAGUUCCUUUAUGGGAAAGAAAUUCAAAGCUCAAUGAAUCUGAAAGCAAAAUUCACGAUGCGAGUUCGAGUUCAAGAACAUCUCUAAAACGUAAAAACCAUCUUAUUUUGACUCUUAUAAAACUGAGUUCUCUUCCAGCUCUGAAUCAAGUUAGCUGA